UUAACGGUGCUGCGCAACACACAGACGGAGAAUACCGAUUUGUGACCACUUGGGCCUUUUUUCUCCGCUGCAAGCUCGACUGUGUUACCCGUCAGCUGCUGCAAAGCGGGGCGGGUUGCAUCGGCGUCGACUGAGUCGAACAAAACCCGAUAUUUUCUCGGCUUGUAUUGUGAUCGGUGGGGAUGACACGCACCCAGAGAACGCCGUGUUUGUUUAGUGCGGUGAAAUGAGGCAGGGGGUGGACAGUCGCCACAGAGACGCUGGGCUCCGGCCAAACAUCUCUGCAUGUUAGCACCUUGUCCGUGCGUCGGAUUUGCAUUGCAUUGCAUUUGAUGCAUCAUCUUCUCUAGUCGGCAUUUUUGUAUUUAUUUAUUUUUUUGGCAAAGUGCACGGUGGAUGGAAGAUGCAGCUGCUUUGAGGACACCCCCCUCCUCCUCCGUACAUCCAUCGCUGCCAUGACAGGCAGGAGUCUGCUCUCGACCACCGCUCGGCCGGCUGGAGAGGAGGCGGAUUGAUUCGGGACGGUGGGUCGGUCCUGCGGAUGUUAAACCAGUGAAUACUGCUCAGCCAAACGCACCGCGAUUGUCACUCAGGGAAGAAAGCAAACAUGUCCUCUCGAUCUGCAUUACCGUCUGGGAACGACAGGAGUACCGGAGACCAUCAUGUGUUGCUGGGGGCCAGCCGUUCGGACAAGGCUACAAGUCAGUCCAGUCGUUCUCUUGGCGCCCGGUGCAGGAACUCAAUCGCCUCCUGCUCUGACGAGCAGCCGCACAUCGGCAACUAUCGUUUACUCAAGACCAUCGGCAAAGGGAACUUUGCCAAGGUCAAGUUGGCACGACACAUCCUGACGGGCAAAGAGGUCGCAAUAAAAAUCAUUGACAAAACUCAGUUGAAUCCAACCAGCCUACAAAAGCUCUUUCGAGAGGUACGAAUAAUGAAAGGCUUAAAUCACCCCAACAUAGUGCAGCUGUUCGAGGUGAUUGAGACGGAUAAGACGCUUUACCUAAUCAUGGAGUACGCUAGUGGAGGUGAAGUGUUUGACUACCUCGUUUCUCAUGGAAGAAUGAAGGAGGUUGAAGCCAGAGCCAAAUUUCGACAGAUUGUUUCUGCUGUCCACUAUUGCCACACAAAGAACAUUGUCCACAGAGAUUUGAAGGCGGAGAACCUCCUGCUGGAUGCCGAUGCCAAUAUCAAGAUUGCCGAUUUUGGCUUCAGCAAUGAGUUCACACUGGGCAACAAGCUGGAUACGUUCUGUGGCUCACCCCCCUACGCCGCCCCUGAGCUUUUCCAGGGGAAGAAGUAUGACGGACCCGAGGUGGAUGUGUGGAGUCUCGGAGUCAUCUUGUACACGCUGGUCAGCGGCUCGCUGCCUUUUGAUGGGCAGAACCUGAAGGAGCUGAGGGAGCGUGUGCUGAGGGGAAAGUACCGCGUCCCCUUUUACAUGUCCACAGACUGUGAAGGCAUCCUUCGCCGAUUCCUGGUGCUCAACCCCGCCAAACGCUGCACCCUCGAGCAAGUCAUGAAGGACAAGUGGAUAAAUUCAGGGUAUGAGGGUGAGGAGCUAAAGCCCCACAUAGAACCCGUUGAGGACUACAGUGAUGCCACCCGUAUAGAGGUGAUGGUCGGCAUGGGCUUCACCCCUGAGGAAAUCAAGGACUCUCUGCUCAAUCAGAAAUACAAUGAAGUCACAGCGACCUACUUACUGCUGGGCCGCAAAGGCGAUGAGGGCAGUGAGGCCCGCUCAGCCAGCACCCUAUCUUUGGCAAGAGUGAGACCCAGUCCUAUUACCAACGGAACCAACAAACACUCUUCAACUACUGGCUCCUCUUCCUCUUCCACCUCCUCCUCACACAGCAAGACACAGCGCAGUGCCUCUACUUACCACAGGCAGCGACGACACAGCGACUUCUGCGGACCCUCCAUGCCCGUCAUGCACCCAAAACGGAGCCCCACGAGCACGGGCGAGAGGGAGCUGCGGGAGGGACGAAUGCCUUCACGUAAAGCCAGCUGCAGUGUGAUGGGAAGCCACAGCCUCCCACCGUCGAGCCCGAUGGUCAGCAGCGCCAACAACCCCAACAAGUCAGAGAUCCCAGACCGCCGCAAAGACAUGACCGCCACCACAAACAACAUCCCUGGAAGCGCGAUGACACGUCGGAAUACAUACGUGUGCACGGAUCGCUCGGGUGCUGACAGGCACUCUCUCCUGCAGAAUGGCAAAGACAACAGUUCUCUUAGCCACCGCUUGCCUGCAGCGUCUCCCUCCACACUCAGCAUUUCUGGGGCCGGAGCUGCAUCUUCCUCGUCCUCUUCAGACCGGUGCCGCUUGACCAGGGGCUCCACGAUCCGCAGCACAUUUCAUGGGGGGCAGCUGAGGGACCGUGGCCCUCCCAUCUACUCGGCCCCGCCCACUUCACCCACCCUGUCCCACCAUGAUGCCAGCCCGCUGCCCCAUGCUCGCACCAGAGCGACCUCCAACCUCUUCACCAAGCUGACCUCCAAACUCACUCGCAGGGUCACAAAUGAAUCUGAGGGAAUCAGGAGAUUUGCGGUCACAAGUUGCCAUCUACCUGGGUAUCAAAAAGCGUCCGAGCCCCGGGCCGUCGGACGUGGCUGGGAUCUGAGAGGAAGUGGGCGGCGGGACCCUGCGGAGGUGGUACUUGCUCUGCGGGAGGCGGCGCUCGGAUGUGGCUGUCAGGUCCACCACGCCGGCCCCUUUCUGCUCUCCUGCACACACGGUGCGGCGGGGGGCCGCGUGGCUUUCGAGGCUGAGGUGUGCCACCUUUCCACGGGCGCCUCCGGGACUUCUAACGGUGUGCGCUACACGCGACUCUGGGGGGCACCUCUAGCUUUUCGGGACGUCGCCACCCAAAUCUCCAAGGAUCUUGAACUUUAAAUGGAGGGUGUGCUUGUCUACGAGUGUGUUUCUGUGAGUGUGCGAGUGUUUGUGUCUGUGUGUUUGUGAAAAGGGAAGGGGGGGUUUGGACAAUUUUGAAAUAGUGGAUCAGACGGGGCAAGGGGCUGGACCCGAGAGAAAAUACUUCUCUUACUGUCUCGUUCAUGACGACCCCACACACACCUGCCACAUAAAGACACACACACACACACACACACACACACUCACACUGAGGCGCCCCACACCCCCACCCUAUCUACACCUGCACCAUCUCCUCCAUCACCUACAAAGCUCAGCCACCCUCGCUGAGACACUUUCACCCACUGGACCUGGAUCAGACUGAAUCUAGUUAAAUAUUUUUUACUACUACUCUAGCCAUAAUAAUACUAUUUUACUUGUUUAAUUUAUUGCUCUGAUGAUUGUUUUUUAUCCGCUGUUAUUUUUACUAUACUAGUGCAGAAAAACAUUAAUUUCGUGUGUUAACCUGAUCAUACCGUUCUCUUUUUUUUUUUUUUUUUAACCCAUAAGAACCCAGAUCCAUUUGUGCUUAAAGUAACACAAUGGAGGAUAUACUGUACCACAGAUAUUUUGGAUGUUUUAUCUGAAAUACGACUAAUUCAUGUCAAAGAUGUGAUGUUACAUCGACAUUACAUUGUCCGUGCUAAAUGUAUUCUUUAUUUGAAAAGAACUCAACUUGGCACUUUUUUGUGUACCACAAACGUGCUUGAAACAAAGAACAUAUGCAGUGGAACCCGAUUAAGUCGCCCUGCUUCUGUCGACAACCUGUCUGUGUGAACCAACUAAUGAAGUCCCGGGCCACCGUUGUCUUAUAUUUUCCGAGAUAUUUUCCGAGCUUGUUUUACAUGAAUUCAUUGACGAAGAGUUGAAUUCUAAUAUUUCACACCCCAUUAAACCAUUAGAAUUAAGGAGGCUCCGAUUUAUCUGACAAUUUCGGUGAAAAAGCAUGUGAUCCGCAUAUGCUGAUAGAUACCUUCCAACACCGAUCACCUGUGGCUCGUACUAUUGCAGCCUGCAGCCAUUCCUGCGUGCUGUGUAGUGUCUUGCUCUAACGUCUUGGGUAGUGUCCCCCUCCCACUUUCGUUCACACUGCGCAGGCGUGCUAAAAAACAGAACAAACAUGUCUGCCGUGUGGAACUUACCUACCAACACACGCCACCAAAAAUAUCUUGCGGGGGCAGCACGUUAAAAAGCUUUAAUGCGGCAUAACACUUGGAGUAUGGUGAGUUUCUGAGGCUCACGGUGUGGUCAUCAGCCAAACGGCAGCUAAAGCGGCCAGAACGCUGGACAAAACUCGCCCGUACUGUACGUGCGUGACAGUCGUACGGCUAAGCAAGUAACCCAAAAAAUAUUUGAAUUCAUCGGAUGACCAGCCUUUGUGAGACUUGGAAGACAUCCUGUUCGCCAACUGCUCUCUCACUUGGAGCCCACCUGUGUGCUACCUGGAAGCUCAAUCUCGCAACCAAAGUCUCCUGAAAGAAUGCGUCUCAUUCUCAAGUUUCAUGAGUGACAUAGGUUGUCUUGAAAAAAAAAAGUUAUUGUUCUUGUGUACAUUAAGGUGAUUUUAAGGUUAGCAGGGGUGCGGCAAGGAAUUCGGGGCACAACGUUGCCCCCCCACCCUUAUUGUUUUUUUUUAUUAUUACCUAUUUUUUGGGCCCCCCCACUUAAACGGCAUCCCUGGCCAAUAGCACUCUUCAUAAAUGAAAAAUGUAUAGUUAAGUCAUGUGAUAGAUAUUGGUAUCGGCCGAUUUCACUCAUGGAUGAUCGGAAUCGGUUGCGUAAAACCCUGAUCGGCGCAUCCCUAAUUAGAAUUGUUAAAUGGCUUUGAAAUGAGCUAUGGUGGCAAAAUAAUAUGAUUUUGGACGUGAGCUAGCUUACCUGACACACUGCCAUUUUGGGGAAGCCAUAUCCUGGGGUAGUUACAUGACUGUCACAUGACAACCACUCCAAAAUGUUUCCUGUAUAUCACUUAGUGACUUCAUGAGCUCAAGUCAAGCACAAAGCUGUGUAAGGUCCACUUCAGGACAUUUAAAGCGUUGGUGACAUGGGUUCUUAUGGGUUAAAAUAUUCACGUCUGUUCAUCUUUACAUGAACGCCAUUCUAUUUUUUCGUUCACUUCUUCAGUCGCCAUAAAAUGUGGAGACAUAGGCUGACUAUGUGUCACAGCAGCAGCAGGGUUGCAUUGUUUUGCUUAGAUACUGUAGUCCACAUGACGACGUACGGCCGUGACGACUGCGUGGAUUAAGGUCAAUGGGAGCAGGGUUGACCAAUCAAAGGCUGGCUAACACUAAUGAGUCUGUGACAUCUUCAGCUUAACGAGCUGGUGUGUGCUUUAGCAGAUGAGUCCAUAUACACUACCGGUCAAAAGUUUUAGAACACCCCAAUUUUUCCCAGUUAUUUAUUGAAAUUCAAGUUGUUCAAGUUCAAUCAAUAGCUUGAAAUGGUACAAAAGGUGAGUGGUGAAGUGCUAGAGGUUAAAAAAAAGGUAAAACUGAAAGAUAAUUUGUAUUUCAGAAUGAUACAAAAAGGCCUGUUUCAGCGACCACAAAAUGGGUCAACAAUUUAAAGCUGUUCUGCAGAAAUGGAGGUUUAUCAAGCCUUGGCAGUUGGAGCAACUAAUUCCUACAGGUGUUCCAAGUUGUGGAGAACUUACUACCUCCUCUGUCUGCAUAAAAACUGUGUUCGGAACACACUGUGGUAGUAUACCCUCGUGAACAUCAGUUGACCAGCAUUGUACUGGACAUAGUCAUUUGUUGCUCCAAAAAUGGCAAGAAAAAGGGAUUUAACAGACCAUCUUCACACUUACAAAUGCAGGUUUUUCCUCCAGAGAAAUUGGAGUGUUCUAAAACUGCUGGCCGGCAGUGUAGAAAACAUUACAGGACAAAAUGCAAAAAGGAGGCUUAUUGUGGGAAAUAUUGCGUUAUUGAAUGCAUCAGUCCAUAUGUUUGCAGCCUUCGAGUGAAAUCUGAAGUUUACGUUUGAAUAGAUGGAAAUGACACAAAAAAGUGGCAGCCUUGCGUUAAGAGUUAGUCGUUAAAAAAAUAUGAAUGAUUUUUUUUUUCACCUGAAAGUUCAAAUACGGGACAAACACCAAUUAAAACAGGAGGGGGCCAGGAAAGUACAGGAAGUUUGCCGGUGAGAAUGGUACAGUUGACAGGUGUGUUCUACAUUUAUGUUAAUGGUCGUGGUUUCAAAACGUGCUUCACAAAUUACUUUGAGGAACAUCAUGUUUACGCUUGCACAAUGAAGUGAAGGAAUGAAAAAAAAAGUAGGAAGAAGCAGUUUUGUUGUUGUUUUUUUUUUUUUUUACUUAAGCUACCUCUUUUCCAUAGCUCAGCAAUAACUGACGGUUUGUUUCAUCCCCGUCUUUAAAGAUUGCUAUAACAAGACUGGGGGGUAGAGGGGGAGUGUUAAAGAAAUAUAGAAAUAAGUAAACACAAUAAAUAAUAUGAAUAAAUACCAGAUAAAUACAAGUAUUACAAGUAAUAUUCACAUAAUACAUGGAAAAUAAGUGAUACUGCAACAAAUAAAGAUGAUAGCUGAUUGGAUUGUGAUGGAGAAGUUAAAAGGAUCCAUGGUUUCCUCAGAGUUGCCCAAUAAGAGCAGGGGCAUUAAUCAUUUUGAAAAUGUAAAAAACAAUGACAGUUUAUCGUGGUUGAUUGGUUCCAGACUCGACCGCAAAGUAGGAUUCAAUCUUAAUAAACUGAAUAUUUUCGUAGCUAGAGCAAAGAAAACCUGUUUAUGACUUUCUAAAUUCGGUUUUUAACAUUAUUAGAACCCUGUAGACAUGAAAUAACACCCCAGUAGUCACCUUUACGCUUGUUUACACCACAUUGCACAGGCUAUGGGAUCACUGCAGGGACAUAAGAGAUGGCCGCCGCUACAAUAGCAAGCUACUGCGCUAACGAGUUACCCUCUCCAAUUUAUUUAUUCUAAACUUAAAAAAGUCUGUCAAACGGAGUGGGGAAGAGGGACAAAGCAAGAAGACAAAAUGUACCACUUCCACUACAAGCAUGGUGAUGGUAAUGUAAUAUAACAUCAUGUCUCAUCAAUGUAACAUUACUGACGCCCAGUGGCCAGAAUAAUACAUCGUCUUUCAAUAUUUUUUGACAACUAACAGGCCAACGGCAAACACGAAGCAGCGGUCAUUUAUUCAUUAAUUUUUGAAAAAACACGCUGUUCGAACUGUACGACUGUAUGUGACAUGAUGUCAUUCACACCUCUUUUGUGUCAUUUCCAGCCAACGCAUAGAAAUUCUCGUUCAUUUACAUUUCAAAUUUAAUUUCAUAUUUGUGAUAUCAAUAAUUUUGGUUGUAACUGUUGGAGUCGCCAGUUCCUUCACUGUUCAUGUAACGCAGGGGUGUCCAAACUUUUUCCACAGAGGACCGCAUGCAGAAAAAUUAAAGGAUGGGGGGGCCGCUUUGAUACAUUUUGUGCUUGAAAGAUGCUAAAAGCAUUGCAAUGUAGGGUGCAAUGGUGUGCCAUUAUCACGGUUCGGUGCGUACCUCUGUUGUCGGGUCACAGUUCGGUUUAUUUUGGGUACAGUAAGGGAAGAAAAUGCAUAAUAUCAAACUGCUUAGCUUUUGUGUGGUAAAAAAAAAUUAAAAGGAAGGACCAGAGGCUAGGUGGAUAACUCUAGCUAGCCAGCUGCUGCCAGAGAGACAUAAGAAAGUGAGAGCCAGACAAAAUGUGUAAACAAAGAUGGUAAAAAAGUCGAUCGAAUGCGACUAAAAGUGCGAUCACACGCUUACACUGUGACAAGCUGUUGUCAAUUGACUCCAUAUUUUACAGACUAUUUUUCUUACUAUAAUAAGGGACAAAGUGUGUCCCUUGUCAACCGGCAUACUUUUAUCGGGUCGCACAUGCGCGAGUAGAUGACAAAUUUACUUGCGAUGUCUAUUUUGUCUAUGUCUAUUGCAAAAUGUGAUCAUUUAGUUGCAGUCUGAAGCCCUGAAUAUUGAAUAAUUUAUCUCAAUAAUAAUUAGUAGUAUUUUUACAAAAUGCAGAGAGCCAAUCAAAAAUGAGCUGUGGGCCAAAAAUGGCCCUCGGUACCUUACCUGUCUGCUGCGACAAUACCUUCACCAUUGUCACCUGCAGUUUAUUCUUUUUUACAAAGUUAAAAUACGGGAAAUUUACCAGAAAGUAUUUAAACAGGAGAGCGAGGGCAAAGAAUGGCAAAAUACAGGAGUUUCCCGGGAAAAAUGAGUGUUGACAGGUGAGCUUUGGACACCCCUGGUUUACGAGCUUUCUUUUUACGAUGCUACAGACAAAUACAACAGUAAGUGUUUGAAGAGUGUGAAUGAUUAUUGUAUUUUUAGUACAAAAAGUUGAAGUGCAGCAAUAGUUUAGCCCGUAGCUCCCAUUCUCAUCUCUACUGAACAAAGCCGACUUUGGUCUCAUCCACUUGUUUAGCGGGGAAGGCCAAGUGUCCUCUCACGGGAGACUUUUACAACGGAAGAGGGUUUUCAAGGUCUGCCUUCUCCUUGGCACAAUCGCGAGCCAAAGACUGGACUGUAUUUGUUUACCGAGUAGACGCGUAAUGCGAUAAAUCUGUACCGUGUGGGAAACGGGCAUGUCUCUGCUUGGAAAUACUGAUUACCGAUUACGAAUACACACAUACCGUGACACCCGGAAUUUUUAUUUUUAAUAAUAGGUCAAAGGGCAAUACAACUAGUUGCGGGCCCUGACAUAACUGAUUUUAGAAGCGCUGGAUGGCUGCUUAUUGUCACGCUUAGUUGUCGGAGAACAACUUUCCGACCUGUCAUUCUGUCAUCCCCUCACAGUAGUGACACAUACUUGAGAGUAUAUUUCCCACCUGUAGCCCCUCAUUCGGUCAACUGUUUAUGGAGUAUGAGUUCACCGUGCCAGCUGAGGAUGCAACACGUUGUGCAGUUGUUGCCUUUCACGGUUACCCGUCGCGCUACCGCAGCCCGUUUAGUCCUCUCGUGCAAUGUAGCACUUGUGUCCAACUCAGCGCCGUGCACUCUCACCUCAGUCAUUAGCAAACACGUGGACGAGCCAAGUAGCAAAACCCAUCAGAGUACACAGAAACAAACACACCCUUCUUCUUCUUCUUCUUCUUGUGGCACACUACUAUAUGAACUUGUCUGUCCAUUAUUGAUAACUGUGCUGUUGGGUAUGAAAAGAAGAGAACUCUGGAAAGGCACGAUGAAGGCAGUGUGGACGUUUUUUUGUUUUGUUUUGUUUUUUUCUUGUUAGUCCAGUUGCCUUUAAAGUGAACAACCAACCCAGCGCCUUCACACACGAUAUAUUUCAUGUACAAAAAGAGAGACAAAGAACCGUGACUGCUUUCUAUUCUCCCUCCGUUUUUAGUGAAUACCGUACUGUGAUAUUUACGUAGGCUGCAGAGGUCAUGUUAUUUGGCUGCUGAAUUACUGUUAAUACUAUUUCUGAAUUGUCGCUUUUCCCGUGGUGACCCAAGUACCCCCCCCCCCCUCGCCCAUUUCCUGUUCCUACCUACCAAAUCACCAACUCAACAGGGUGUCACUAAAGUCUGAACACACAGGCAAAAAUGCAUAUGUUAUAACAAAAUUUAAAUACAUUUUUAAAAUAUAACAUAUAGAAAAUGAAUAAAUAAUAUAUAAUGAAUUAAUUUUAUGUUUCUUAUUUUAUUUAUUUAUAUAAUUACUGUAUUUUCUUUCAUUUUGAAAUGUAUUUAGAUGAGUUAAUUAUUUAAUGUAUUAUUUAUUUACGCUGCACAAGUCUAGACAUAUAACACGUUACUGUAUCAUCCCUUUCAAUGUUUGCAUUAUAAAAUUUGGGAUUUUUUUCGGAAAAAAUACAAGAAAAUGAGGGAAAUUAUCUUCCACAAGGACCGGGGGCGGGUUAAGGGUACUGGUGUAAAGACCAGACUGCCCCACGUGGCGCAACCGUGCUAUUUCACCGGCGUGCUUCUUUUAUUUUGAAGGCCUGACAUUACCGGCUACAGGAUGCAGUAGGCCGAUGUUGCCCGAGCGUUGUCGAGCGGACCGAAGGCUUCGCUGCUUCGGCAUGAAAGUUCAAAUAUGGGAAAAAUACGGAAAGCUGUUAAAAAUAGAGCGCACCGGGAAAGAAGGGCAAAAUAUGAUAGAUAUAGGUAUAUACUGUACACAAAAAAAAAAUUUAAUGUAUAAUUAAUUAAAUGAAAACAAACAGUGCAAUAAACAAUUAAAUAAUAUAUCCAUGUUUGUCAGUGUGUCCAGACUUGAGGGACACCCUGAAUAUUUCCCAGGGAUGCCAACCUCCACUGCCUACCACCUUCAAGUUCAAUCAUUUCGAUGAGAUUCUGGCUUUCCUGAACUUUUUGUUUCUCUCUGAGACCCCGUUGUCUUGCUAUAGAGGGGGCCAUUAUCUGCGGUCAUGUUGCUGACCACACGUCCGGCAUCUUUUUCUUGCUGUGUGGCUUGUGCUGUUUCAGCCGGUGGGGUGAGACUGGGUUGCAUCCUCUUUUCGGGGUGGGAAGCAGACACCAGUGUGGACACCACGAGUUUGUUCUUGCCUCCCUCCGUCCCCCCACCCCCCUUACUGGGCGUUAAUUCAUUGUGGUGUAUAUUAACUUUAGGUGAUAUAGACCUCAAUGCACUUUGCUUUGACUUGAAUCAGCUCCUUCCAGUGUACCAUUAUGGAGUACCCAGAACUCGCCACUGGAGGGCGCCAAUGUCUUAAAUGUGAAACACUACAAAUUGUGGAUAUUUGCACAGGUACUUAAUUUAUUUUUUAGAAUAUCAUUAAAACAGGAUUUAUAUCAGUCAAUUGUUGGCUGUAUAUACAAUUUAUGAAUAUAGUAUAUAUCUUAGAGCUCAAGGUUUAUUUAUAGCUAGAGCAAGAGAAGUCAGACUAAUUUAAAGCCGUUUCUGUCAGUGAUGUUGGGGAAAUGACCAGCAAUCCUGCAUGACUUCAAUGUUUGGUUUUAAAGGGGGAAAUGUGACAUGAUGCACAGCUAGGACUGGUAGUUUGUCCAAUGCAGACCGUUGCUAAAGUUCAAUCAAUACCAAGAAAUAAGUGCUCAAUGUGGCGCCAGGCUUGUUGUGUGGAACACAGUCACUUCACAUUGUUCAGUACAUUCAGGGGGUCUUCUGGCUUGUUCAAAUGUAGGCUUGCAUUUACAAAUGGACACACACGACCAGCUAAGGAGGAUAAUAAUUGACUUUUCGAUUCCCAAUUAAACCCGGAAGAAUCCAGAGAGCCAUUUGAGCUUAAAAAUGAUACCACAGACCAAUUGGAACACACUGAAGACAUGUAUGACAUGUUUUGUAAAGUACUAAUAAAUCAUGUCAAUGAUAUGUAAUGUUACAUUAUUCAUGGUGAAUGUACUUGAAAACUCAACUUGACACACAAAUGUACAGUUUAUCCCUUCAAAUUCAUUGAGUACAUUAUUAAAACUUUGCAAUAUUUUGCUAGCUUGUUUUCAGACAAUUCAAGAACAGUUAAAUUCGAAUAAUUCUCACCCGAUAAAGCAUUAGAAUUGUUAAAUGGAUUUUAAAAAAAAAAAGCCUCAAUGGCAAAAAAUGAGCUAGCUUACCUGACACGCUGCCAUUUUGGGGAAGCCAUGUCCUGAAAAAAGUCACGUGCAGCCUCGCCAACUCCUCGCGAGAAAUCGCUAAAUUACGUCAUUUUCUGAUUUGUAUGGUUGCCAUUGGCAUGUUACCUGGUGUCAUUUUUGAACGACUCGUUCACGAUUGGCACAUUUCUAUUAACAAGUUCAAGUUGAGCACAAAGCUGUGUAGGACACAUUUGGACACAUUUAAAGUGUUCUUGUGGGUUCAAUUGGGAAUCGUUUGAUAUUCAACUGACACCAUUCCUGUCUCACAGUCCAGCCAACACCAGUGAGAGACUAGAGCAAAUCAUUUCGUGUAAAACAACUCAAAUUUUUAGUAUCGGAUGGAUGGACAUUGAAGGUGCAAUCUAUGAACAUUCUGGGGUUUUUUUACCUCAGUGUUGAGUUGUUCAGAUGGAUGCUACAGUGUUUUAACCUCCCGAAGGCUCAGUAUUAAACAUGCACUGUUGUUUUGAGACGGAUUUUGGAGGACAACAGAAGUUGAUGUUAUAUGCAAAAAAAGAAGUUUGAGUAGCCUAAUUUUCACUGCUUUGCUUUUUUGAUUUCCUCCCCCAACUGAAAGCAACUGUAAACUGAGCUUGAGUGGUUGUGGUAUCUACAGAGAACAUGGAGCUGAAGACUAAUAAAAUUCAC